GCCAACUAUGUCAUCAAGUGGGUUUCACUAUUUACAGUCCAAUCAGCACUAUUAUUGUAAACAGUCUAGGAAAUAGAAUCGAUCGAAUUACUCACUACUAUGGGUGUUAUUCGCCUAUGGUAAUUCACGAAAGAUAUUUUUUAUAGCGGGGUUUUCAGAUAAUUUCAUUAUAAAUAUCUCCAGUUGGCAAGGAGGGGAACGGAAGGUCAUCCUGUAUGCACAUGGGCUUCAUUCAAAUUCGCUUAGGUGGUGUGCAGUGAAGUUUUUAGCAACUACAGAUUCGAAAUGUGCGGUAAAUGUUUAUAGUACAGUGUUUUCGGUUCUUCUACAACUUUUACUACGGAAAAUAAGAUAAAUAGACGUUGAAAUCGGAAUACUUAAUCAAUAAAUGACCAAAAUGUUUACAAAAUUCGUAAUCCCUUUACUAGUCACCAUCACUUACGCCAUUGCACAAAGGGAAAUGGUGUAUUUCCCAGACGAACAGGGUGGGUUGAUGGAUGGCGACAAUACAGUAAAGCUGCCCUCCAACGUGAAUCUAACUGAAAUACGGGGAACCACCCUGUACGAGACCUUCGUUGACAAGAUCAUAGCCAGCGGAAUAGCCAAGCUGACUUUGGCGGUCAACAAGGCACUCAACCAACAAACUGGGAGCAACAGGGAUAACGUGGUGUUUGCCCCUGUCAGCAUAGCAGGUGCCUUGGCGUUGAUUCUACUGGGCUCCAACGGCAAGACUUUCCAGGAAAUCACCUCCGUUUUAGGCCUAGCCACUGGCAUAGAUAUCGAGUCCAGAUCCCUACAAGUCCACGAGCAGUUCGGACGCAUGAUUGAUAAGCUAGAACGCACCUCCGGCUUCUCCAUGGGCCAGCAGGUGAAUUUCGCAGCUGGCGUCUUCGUUCAGACCGACUACCCUGUGAGGACCGUCUACGUCAAGACGGCGCAGGACCUCUACGACAGUGAAGUGAUCAGCGUGGACUUCCGAAGGGAUCCUAGUAAAGCGCAGGAGACUAUAAACUCCUGGGUGUCGCAAAAAACCAACGGGAAGAUCAGAAAUAUACUUGAGGAAGAACCGUUGCCGCAUACAAGGGUUAUCAUAGCCAGUGCCAUGUACUUCAAGGCGCUUUGGGAGAAACCCUUCUUUGAAGGCGCCACCACCAGACGGCCAUUCUAUACAAAUGGAAGAAAAUCCCCCCCGUCUGCAGAAGUGGAGAUGAUGGCCAACGGAGGCGACUUCCCUUAUUUCAAAGACCAAAGGCUCAACUGCGAGGUGAUGGGUUUCCCUUACCAGGGUAAUGCAUCCAGGAUGUACGUGGUGAUGCCAGUGGACUCCAAUGCGAAGAAACUGAGAGAACUAGAGGAAUCUCUAACACCCACGGAUCUGGAACGCCUAGCAGACAGCACGAUUUACACCAGAGCAGUGCUCGUGUUCCCAAAGAUGAGAAUAGAAAGCACCAUCGACCUCAAAUCUUCCCUUGAGCUUCUUGGGGUUAAAAGUCUAUUCAUACCUUCCCAGGCCAACUUAGCACUAUUGUCUCCAGGGGAAAAACCUGUGAAUCCCCUUCCAGACCUAGCAGUAACAGCUAGAGUACCUCUGUCUAUAAACCGAAAUAGUGAAUCUAUAUUGGCUGAUAUUUUCAAUGAUGCCAUUGACUGUACAAAAGCAGCAAAUACGGCUACUUCUCCUUGCACGAAUAACAGAACCAGUGACCAAAACGGACGAAGGGCAAGGGCUAGUGAGACAAUAGAUAAUCUCAGACGUAUAAUCAACCAACAAUCCACGAAUAAUAGUUAUCAGAAUCCGGGUCUUUACGCCGAUAAGGUCAUUCACAAAGUCUACAUGGACAUUACGGAGACAGGAACCGAAGCUGCGGCCACAACCUCCGUGAGUUUGUCGAGAGAUGGCGGUAGGGUGACGUUCAGGGUGGACGUGCCCUUCUUUUUCUUCAUAAGGAAUGAAGAGACGAAGACUAUUCUUUUCUGGGGAUCUGUCACUGUUCCCACGCCUAAUUUUAGAAGAAGUGUUUGAUGUAGCCGGCGAUAUUGCUGUUGCAGCACAACUUUGGCUGGAGGAAAGUUCGUGGAAGUGUGUUUUUAUGAACAACAGUACAAAAUAAUUUGGCCCGUUGAUAGCUAUUAGGCGGAAAUGAUUACAUGUGUUGUCUAUACCAAAGUAUAUUUUGCAAUACAAAACACUAGGUCAUUUUUUUUAUUUUAUUGAACACUAUAAAAUUAUAAGAAAAUGUAAGAAUAUUUUUUAUGAAUUUAUAAAUAAUAGGAGACACAAAAAUGAUUUACUUUUGGUAAAUUUUAUAAACGGGCAUUUGAAAAUCUAUUGUUUAUAACGAUUUGUAUAUUUUGUAUGAAUUAAAGUAUGUGUUACAAAGUC